CUCGAAGAUGUCCCAAAGGUACUCAGCCAGCCAGGGAGCAGGGAGCAAAGAAGACUCCCCUACUGCCAUUGCCAAGUGGUCCAGCCUCAGAGAUUUUUGUUGCACAUCUUCCUUCCAACAUAGGGGCCAUCGUGAGCUCUCGGGAACUUGCAGCUUCAUGAAGAAGGAAAAAGACCCAGUGUUAACCCAUGAGCAUCUUGAAACGCCAAGGCGAGGCUCAGCCAAUCCUGCAGCAUCUCCCAGUCAAAGAAAGAAAUCUGUGUUCCCAAGGAAGGAGCAGGGUGGAAGCCCAGAACUCUGUGAGACUCCUAAAGUCAAAAGAAGAACAAGCUCAUUACGCAGGCGGCUCGACUUAUCUUUCACUUUUCUGAAGGGGGAUUCUGAUCCACAAAGCAGUUCUCUGGAAAGCAGUGGAAGCCGCGUUCUUAGCCUAGAAAAGCAUAUCCCAGACAGCACUUCAGGUUUCCCAAAGCAGGACAACUUCAGCCCAUUAGUUACCAGCUCAAUAAAAACAGAGGAUGUGACUUCUAGCAGUCAGAACUCAAGGUUAAGUUUUUCUCAGCACAAGACUUCCACAAUUGAUGAUUCCACAGGGGAGUGCGGCUUAUUCGAAGUAGAGUGCCUGUCUCCAAUUCAAGGCAAUGAUUUUACAGGUUCUAUCACACACGACUUUAGUGACAGCACUUUAAGUGUUAGUGAUGAGAACACAUGUCCUGAACUUCUGGGCUCCUCUGGUAGUCAGACAACCUACGGAGCAGAUGUAACCACAUCUGUAACUCCAGUAAGUAGUCUCAUAUCAAAAAUUAGAUUUAAAGGGGGCCAAACGCUUUCUUCUACAGCAGAAGUGAGAGACAGUGUCUCCACCCCUGAAGACAGUGGUUUUAGCUCCCUUAGCUGGGAUAAGUCGGAAGAUUCCCUUUCUGACCAAGAGGGCUCUUUGCAAGAACUGUUUCAGAAACGCAAGGGAACUCCCAGAGUGGGGAACCUCGUAAAAAAGCCAAAGCAUCUUGGAAGGCUGAGAAGGCUGUCUACUCUGCGGGAGCAAGGCUCCCAGUCAGAGACGGAAGAUGAAAAGCAGGUGGCUCCUCCCAACUCUGAAACGCGAGUGGGCGCAGCUUCUGGCAUCUUGGAGGGUCAGGGAGGCUCCAAUGAGAAGAUCGUGGAUUCGGCUUUAAGCUUUAAGAAGUUAUCAAAUACGCCAGCCUUGCAGUUAGUGCAUGAGCUCUUUAUGAAAAGCAAAAGGAAGCGAUCCCAGCAGGAGGAUGACCAGGAGUUCUUUGAGGAAAGGGAUGAUGGGAAAAUAGACAGACUGCAGCGUGUUCUGGCCGGACUGAUUGGCAAGAAGAUGGGCAUAGAACAUCUGGAUAUCUUGACAGAAUUACAGUACAGAAAUUUGAAGCAUAUUUUAGCUAUGGUUUUAGAUUCCUUGACUUCGGAGAGUUUAUACAGUGCUUGGAAUGUCAGCAGAAACUGGCGUGAAAUUGUGGCUCAGGACAAAAAGGCAAACGAGAGGAGGAAGCUCUAUAUCAUACAGCUGAAAGCAAACACUCAGGGGGCUGUGUUACAUGUUCAGGAUGCUGCCACUCGGCUCCAGCUUCUAAGUCGCUCAGCCUUAAGGUCAGUGCAGGCACAGGCGCAGGCACCCACUUCUCAGAACGAGCCAACACCAACUCUGUCCCCUUGGGGAGAUGUUUUGACGCCCGUAGCAAGUUCUUCCUUCACCCACCUAAGGAGUAAACAGGAACAGUACGUAAAGGUUGCCAGGACUCUUUUCAGUGACGAAGCGUUAAAACCUUGCCCAAGGUGCCAGUCCCCUGCUAAGUACCAGCCGUAUAGGAAGAGGGGGCUGUGCAGUCGUCUGGCCUGCGGCUUUGACUUUUGUGUGCUUUGUUUGUGUGCCUACCAUGAGUCUGAAGAGUGUGUGAGGGGGUCGGCAAAGCCACGGAGCAGUGGAGAUGCUCUUCCAGGGAGUGCCCAGAGCAAGCGGAAUUUAAGACGGCUCUAAAGAGACUAAGGAACCCCCCCUGCUGGCUGGCCGUGUUCUGUCUGACUUAAAAUUAUGGCUGUUUUGAACACAUGCAAAUCUUCCCAUUGAUGACAGAUGAUGAUUUAUUUCCUGUUUUGUAUAUGUUAUAAUGCAUACCAUUGUAUAUUUUCUUUAAAGUGAUUAGUUUUGAGAGAAUUUUAUUUUACUAUGUCA